UUGCGAGUUAAUGAAAAAAAAAAAUCCUUUAAUUACAAAGGACAAAGAGUUCACUCCUACAUUCCUAUUCUAUUCAUUCAAUUAAUGUCUCAAAAAUCUCUCUUUGUUACAAAAUAUUUUGUAUUUUAAAGAGAUCUCUAAUAGUUUCAUUAUAUAUCUUCUUGAAGAGGAGGGUAGGAACAGUACAUUAAAUUUAAUACAACUAAAUUAAGUAGCACAUUAAAUUUACAUGCUUAGGAACACUUAUAUUCUCACCAUUUUUGAGUAUUACAUUUAUUUUUUUCAAGCAGGAGAGGUGGGUGACAGUAUCAUACCCCUAUAAUUACAUGCUAAUAAAUUAUAUCCCCUUAUUGGGUAUUACCCCAUAUCUUAAAAUAAAAUAUAAUCACAUAGAUUAAUUAAAAAAAAUUAAAAUAUAAUAAUAAAAAAUAAUUUUAAAAAAUAAAAAAAAUAAAAGUCAUCCAAGUAUAGUACAAGUACACUAGCACCCAUGAGCCAAAAUCUAAACCUCUAACACUCUGACUCUCUCUUUCUCUCUCUUCCUCUUGAGCUGUGACAACUUUUUGUCAGUGUUUUUGACUCCUCUUUUCUCACAAACCUCUAUUGAGUGACCAGUCCAUAUUUGUGAUCUUAUAUAGAUAUAGUUUCUUACUGUACAUUUCUUUGUUUUUCUUUGCUACAUUACAUGACUCUUUUUGAUGUUACAUUAUGUCAUCUUAUCUUACUUGUAUGUUGUUAUUAUUAGUUUGCAUGCCCAUAUCACAUUCUGUUUAUGUCACGUUUAACUGCGGAGUUGUGAUGAGGUCCGGGGCAUUAGUAACGGUUAAUGUUGAUUAAUCGAUAACAGAACACAGCAGAGGAAAUAAAAAGGGGAAAAAAAACAGAGUUUUUUCUCGAGCCCCUUGCCACCCUUACCGAGCUUUGAUUCUUCCUGCUACCCUCUUUCUGUUUCUCUCUCCUCCUCUACUAUUCCUAUUUCCCUCCCUAAUUUUCUCUCUCUUCUUUUUUCCAUCUUCUUCUUCUCCUGUAUUUCUGCCAAAGUAAAAAAGAAAGAGAGAAAGAAAAACUAGCAGAAACUUCAAGUCUGUAUAAUUCCUCUGUUUUUUUUUUUUUUUUUGGUUUUUUUUUUCUACUCUCAUUUUUGAGUUUGUGUAAAGUUUUAAUUUUUUGAAAUUAUUAAGCUUGUAUUUUGCAAAAUUAGGAAAAAAAAUAUGAGUUUUUGGAGAACUUUUACAAGAAUGAGUUUGCUUCUCUUAAACCCCAGUUGAGUUAAAGAGUGUUCCAAACAAGACAAAAAGAAAAAAAACACCAUUUUUGGAAGAACCUCCAAAAAAAAAAAACCCUAAAGUUUUCAUCUUUUUUACAAAUUAAUGAUAAAAAAGAAGAAAAAAGGGGACUAAAAUAUGGUGCACAUUCCUCCAAAAUUCCACCUUUUUUGAUUUUCUUCUUCUUCUUCUUCUUCUUCUUUUAAAACCUACCAUUUUUUUGUUCUUUUAUAUAAUUUCUCUAUUUCCAACUUUCAAUUUCUUAAAACAAAAAUGGGGUGUGUAGCCUCAAAAUUAGAGGAAGAAGAAGUGGUUUCAAUUUGUAGAGAAAGAAAGAAGCUAAUGAAAUUAGCAGUAGAAAAAAGGUAUGCAUUAGCAGAUGCACAUUGUAGGUACUGUCAUUCACUAUAUGCUGUUUCAGCUGCUAUUAAGCUGUUUGUUGCUAGACAUUCAACACCUUCUUCACCAUUUUUAAUCACUUUCCCACCUCCUAAUUGCUCUCCUUCUUCCCAAACCCCGAUACCGGAACCCGAAAAGGUCAUCACAAACCCCAUGUUUCUGCAACAGAACCACCCUUCUCAGCCUACAACCACCACCCAAGAAGCACUCCCCUGUUGUGAAUCCCCUGUUUCUUCCUCCUCGUGUUCCUCCGAUUCUUCUUCGGAGGAACAUUUAGAGGAAAGAACCAGCAGACAACAGCAGAACCAGCAGCAACAACAGCAGAAUCAGCAGCAGCAGCAGCCGCCUUAUGAGUAUUAUUACAUGAGUAAUAUGAGUAUGCCAAUGUCAAUGUCAAUGCCACCACCAAUGCCAUCCCCUCAAAGGGAUUAUGGUGGGUGGGAUUUUUUUAACCCCUUUGCCGGGGUUCGGAAUGAUGUCAUGGAUAGUAAUGUUAGUGUUGGGGGUGGUUUCAGAGGCGGGUUUCAACGACACCCGGAUGAUGAAUUGAGGGCAGUGAGGGAGGAAGAAGGGAUACCUGAAUUGGAAGAGGAAAAUGUGGGUGUGAGGGAGGAUGUGAGUAAUGUUGUGAGCAAUGUAGUGGAAGAAAACAAUGGUUGUGGCAGUAAUGGUGGCGGGCGAGGCGAGGGGAAUGUAGAGCAAAUGGUGGGAGGUGGAGGAGGUGAUGUUGUUAAGACAAUGGGUGGUGGAAAUGUGAGGGAAAAUGAGAAAGGGUUGACAGUAAUUGAUACACCAGUUAGAGGAAGAGAGUUGUUGGAUGCUUUGAGAGAUAUUGAGGAUCAUUUUGUUAGGGCUUUUGAUUCUGGUAAAGAGGUUUCUAAGAUGCUUGAAGCUAACAAAAUGCAUAUGCAAUCUGGUCUUGAUGAAAUUAAAGAAAACUCAACAAAACUGAUUCAGGCUAUUACAUGGCACCGAUCGAAUACAGCAAGGUCUGCAUCUUGUAAGAGUUUAGUAGCGUCAAGUUCUAAGAACUCCUCUUCAUGGACGGAGUAUAAGAAUGAUCUCUUUGACGAUUAUGGUGGCAUGUCCGCCGGAAGCCAUUCGCUUACCCUUGGAAGGUUGUAUGCUUGGGAAAAGAAGCUCUAUGAUGAGGUCAAGGCUGGAGACAACAUCAGAAAGUUGUAUGAAAAAAAAUGUGCACAUUUGAGAAACAAAGAUGUUAAAGGGGAUGACUCGUUAUCAGUUGACAAGACCAAAGCAUCAGUGAAAGAUCUCUACUCCAGAAUUUUGGUUGCCAUCAGACGAGCCGAGUCAAUCUCUGAGCAAAUUCAGAAGCUUGCAGAUGACGAGCUUCAGCCACAGAUUAUUGAACUCUUGCAAGGUUUAACUCAGUCGUGGAAGAUUAUGAUGGAAUCCCAUGAAACACAGAACCACAUAAUCUAUGAGGUUAAGACCUUUGACUGCCCAACAUAUGGAAAAUUCUGCAAUGACUCGCACCGGCUUGCAACCCUGCAGCUUGAGGCCGAAAUUCAGAACUGGCGGGAAUGCUUUGCAGAGUAUGUUGCUGCACAAAGAUCUUAUGUUGAGACUCUUCAUGGAUGGCUGUCCAAGUUCAUUGUCCCAGAGGUUGAAUAUGGCUCUAAGUCCAAGCGUUUUAACCCACCUCCAUAUCGAGCUAAAGGUCCUCCCAUGUACAUGAUAUGUCGUGAUUGGCUAACUUCCAUGGAAAAUUUGCCUGACAAGGCUGUUUCUGUGGCAAUGAAGAGUUUUGUAAGGGAUGUGAGGGCAUUAUGGGUUCAGCAAGGGGAGGAACAAGAGCAAAAGAGAAAAGUUGACAAAAUGGCUAAAGAACUAGAGAAGAAGAUGAUUGCAUAUCAGAAAGUCGAGGGGAGAAUUCAGGAGACUACUAAGCUUUUAGAGUAUAAUCCUUCAGAAAAGGAUGCAGAGAGUCAAGAAGAUACCCAACAACAACAUCAAGCUGAUUCUUUAGCAGAGAAGAAAGAUGCAUUGGAUAAUUUCAAACGUCGAUUGGAGUUUGAGAAGGAGAAACAUCACAAUUACAUGGAAGAAACUCAAAGGAUUACUUUAAAUGGAUUCCAAAGUGGAUUCUCUUUGAUUUUUGAUUCCAUGGUGCACUUCUCAAAAGCUUCACUAAAAAUGUAUAACGACUUGGUGAAUGACCGGCAAAAUUUUGAGAAGGGUGAACAACAGUCAAGCUUCCAAGAAGGUUCCUAUGUCAAUGAGCACCUUAAGUAAAAAUGAGCCGAGGUUGGGUGAAAAGACCUUGAGUAUUUUAACAAUCAAGGAUUCUAGAGUCAGUUUGUACAUUAGACUUGCAUCGAAGCAGCUCGCUGAGGUGCAGGUUUAGAGUGAUUAUUAGUUGUUUGCCGUAGGAUUGUUUUAUUUUUGCCACGUAAUUGAUAGGAGUGGUGAUUGCCCACAAUUUUGCUGUAAGACAAAAGAAUUCCUGAUGUUCACAUGUAUCUUUGGCCUAGUAAUUUUAGGUUGUUUGUGGAUCCAGGAAUUGUCAGGUGGGCAUUCUUUGUAUGUGUAUGUAGUACAUCUUGGCGUUUUACGGUUUUAGUACAAAUUGUUACCAUC